AUGGUAACAAAAGAAGCAGCUAUGUCUUUCUCGCAAUUUGGAUACCCUUACAAUGCAACUUCACAGUUUUUCGUGUCGGCAAACCCCAGUACGACUUGCUGCGAUUCGAUUUCCAGGUCGGUCUCUGACGGGACAGGCGGCUCCCAGACCGCUGCCGCCGCCGCCGCCGCCGCCUCCUUCUGCUGCCCGUCCUACGAGAACCGGCUCCUGGCGAGCAGCCGGACGGAGCUGAACGCAGCGCUGGGGAUGUACAGCUCUCCAUACGCCGCAGCGGCCGCCGCCAGCCAGAACUACGCCAACUACUUCCCCUACAGCACCGACCCAUCCGCUAUCUACUCAACUCUGAAUCCACAGUAUGACAUUAAGGACAGCACAAGCACUUUACACUCUGGCAUCACUCAAACCGCUGCAUACUAUCCUUAUGACCAUUCACUGGGACAGUAUCAAUAUGACAGAUACGGGACAGUAGACUUUAAUGGCACGGCCCGAAGAAAGAACGCAACUCGUGAAACCACCAGCACCCUGAAAACAUGGUUGUAUGAGCACCGCAAGAACCCCUACCCCACCAAGGGAGAGAAGAUCAUGCUGGCCAUCAUCACCAAAAUGACCCUCACCCAAGUGUCCACCUGGUUCGCCAACGCCAGGAGGAGGCUAAAGAAGGAGAACAAGAUGACCUGGUCACCAAAGAAUAAGGCCAGCGAUGACAGGAAGGACGACCUUAGCAAGAGCGACCAAGACUGUGCCACCAAAGAUUCCAGUAAUUGCAAGGAGGAGAAGGAUCUGCAUCUAAGUGAUCUGGAGGACAUGGAUGAGGACGACUGUGACAAGCUGGACAGUGACUGUGAAAAAGUGGCUGCAGAUGAGCAAGACCUCCAGAGGGUCAUGGCAGUAUCCGGAGCCCCUCAGAAGAGAGAUUGCAGCUCCGAGCUGCACCUGAGUUUAACUAACAGCUUCCACGCGUUUCCCUGCGCCAUCAAAAGUGUUGCCACCCUCCCGCCUCUCCCGUCCGACUUCCUAGACCCUGUGGUGUCCAAGGGACCCUCCUCAACCAGCCUCACAGGGACAGUAUCUCUGUCUCACUUUGAAGCAUCAGAUAAGCCUCGGAUUUGGUCUCUGGCUCGUACGGCAGCUUCGGGGGUCAUACUGAGCCCUCAGCAGCAUGGCUCAGAGCUGAGGACAGGCAACUCAAGCGGGGACUGCCAGCUCCAGAGCACCAGGCUUACCGGGGCUCCUAGUGGACAGUGUGGGGGCAUGAGAGGCCUUCAUGAAUCUAGCAGUGCCACCAAUACAGAGAGCCCCUUCCCUGAGGGCUCAUCCUUGCACUCAAAAGUCUAUGGCACUGGCAGCUACAGUCACAAGGACCUCCAACUACACUGUUCAUCUUAUGCUGCACUCCCAGACACGUGUCAGUACUCCACUAUUGAAGGAUUCUCUGCCGGCAAAGCAGAGACACAGCCAUCUGACCUCAGCGAAGCCUGUGGGACCGUGCAGGAUGACAAGGUCACUGCGUUCAGACCGGUGAUGAAGAGGUGA